UAAAAGGUCAGAAGUUAACAAUGGCUGGCUGGUUAACAUUUGAGUGGGAAGAUCACAGAAUUCACUGGAACAAAACAGAAAAAGAUGAUAUGGAAUAUAUCUUUGCAAAACCUAAGAAUAUCUGGAAACCCGAACUCAUAGUUGACAAUGCUAUUGAGGAUCUUGGUCUUAUAAAGAAUGACGAUUUAGUGUUAAGAGCGACAUCUACCGGACAAGUGGAGUGGGAGCCUCCAAUACUUUUGGCAACACACUGUAAGGUUGAUAUAACAUACUAUCCGUACGAUCAUCAAAAAUGUGCCGUAGAAAUUGUGAGUUGGACGUACACUAUAGAAGAGGUGAAACUGGAGAGUCUGUUCACAGUGAUCAAUCUAGAAGACUUUGAAGUGCACGGAGAAUGGGAUCUGACCGAAACAAGGCUGGAAGAUAAAAAUCUGACGGAACACCUUCCUGAUGGGACAGUGAGAACUUAUCCUAAGAUGGACUUUUGGGUGUAUCUGAGGCGGAGAACACAGUUCUACAACCUGAAUGUGAUGAUGCCUAUUAUUCUGACGUCAUUGAUGGUUGUCUUGGUGUUCAUCGUUCCUACUAACUCCGGGGAGAAAGUCUCGUAUGUUCUCACGGUAUUUCUGUCUCUCGCUGUGCUCCUUACAAUCGUGACGGAUUCUCUCCCACCAACAUCUAUCACCUUGUCUGUCUUAGGCUUAUACCUUGGCAUUGUGUUGAUAUUUUCCGCAAUCGGAAUACUUCUGACAAUUCUCAUUCUGAUACUCUUCCACAAAGAAGGUCGGCCAAAAGAAGGUUCAUUCGUUAUAACAAUUACUUGCUGUGCCGCAAGAGUGAUCCGUUGGCGCAUCCCUGGACUGCAGUCAAAGUCAAAACAUAACCAUGUCCACAACAAAGUAUCGCCGAUGACGGACACUACUACCCUGGAGACACGCAGUGUCGUUAGCAGCGACUUCGAAGAUGACGUCAACGAUCUAAAAGAAGACUUGGAUAUUGGCACGUGCAGUAUCGCGCCGAAUGACGUUGAUUCCGGCGUCUCUUGGAAAGAGGUUGCAGAAAUCAUGGACCGAUUCUGUUUCUUCUCCUUUGCAAUUAUCACAAUUUUCAUGAAUUUUGCAUUUGUGCUCACGCUAGCAUACGGUGGACAAUAUAAUGGUUAUGAAUAAGCAAUUCUUACGUUUUACUAGCAGAAUGUAUUCCAGACAGAAUCGUAUUUCAUUGAUAACACUUUAUAUACAUUUAUAUUUUGCUUAAAUAUCAGAGGGAAAUUCAAAAUAGUACUCGAGACAGUUUUCAACGACUAAAAUACCCAUGUGCUCAAUAUUUCUGCAAGCAGAGAAAAAAAAUUAUUCGGAUCAGAAGUAGAUCUAUUAUUUAAAGGUAUAUUGGGAUCAAAAUUUCAUAUUUAAAAACAAGAACAAUUACUUCAUAAUUAUGGUUUAUCUAAAUAUAAAUUAACAAGUUUAUGAGUAUUAGCAGUACAAUAUGCGUUAGGUUUAAAAACUGGCUGUUUUUAACAAUCAACUGUUACUGCAUCGCAUUAAUUAUGAAUGUAGCUCUAUGUGCAAAUUUAGUAAUUUAAAAGAUAAAUAAGUUUGAUGAGGAUGUUGCACAUUGGAAGUAAAAAGAUCUAUCAAAAGAUAAAAUAUUUUAGUGAAAGAUGGACAUUUAAAGGGAUACUCGGAUAUUUUUUUCAAGAAACAGAUCGAUCCUUGAUUUUUCUAUUUUACUGAAUAAAUACAAUGAAACAGAAAAAUGCCGUUUUGUCCAAUUAAUUUUUGCUGUGGUAGUCGUUAUAUGACUAUAUAUGGCAUAGCGAAAAUUUGUGACAAAUCGUUCAACGAAGGAUAUGACCAUCAAACAUUUUAUAACAAUUCUAAGUGUUAUCCUAACAUGGUAUAUGUAAGUCAGCUUGAAUGAAAUGUAAGCAAAGGCAUGAAAAUUGCGCGAUCAUGUCGUUA